CCCCCUAAGGCGGGAAGACGCGGGGCCCAAAAUGGCGGCUAGCCGGUACCGGCGUUUCCUUAAGCUCUGUGAGGAAUGGCCAGUGGACGAGACCAAACGGGGCCGGGACUUGGGCGCUUACCUGCGACAGCGGGUAGCACAAGCCUUUCGGGAGGGAGAGAAUACCCAGGUUGCAGAGCCUGAGGCCUGUGAUCAGAUGUACGAGAGCUUAGCGCGACUCCAUUCAAACUACUACAAACACAAGGCCUCCUGGCCUCUGGUUGCCCAGGGCCCAGGUGAAAUGCAGUUAGAGAGCAAGGCUUGUGUGCUGAUCUCUCCCCUUCCUUCACUUCCUCUCUGCCCCGGUGACCAGUACCCUCGCCCCAGAGACACCAGCUUCAGUGGCCUGUCGUUGGAAGAGUACAAGCUGAUCCUGUCCUCAGACACCUUGGAAGAGCUUAAGGAAAUGGAUAAAAGCAUGUGGAAGAAACUGCAGGAGAAGUUUGCCCCCAGGGGUCCUGAGGAGGAUCAUAAGGCCUGAGCGCGGGCCUUACCCCGUGCACAUACCUAGGUGUGGAGUCUUGUACAUUGCCAUCAUCAAUAAAACUGCCCCAGUUUCCCCCUGACCUUACGGUUUGGGAAUCUCCUCUAGCUUUCCCAGAAAGGAAACCCUUGCUGCUGUAAAGAAAGUUUCAGCCUGAGAAGGGAUGGUGAUUGAGCUAUCUGCUGUGACUGCUGCUCAGGGUAGGGAAAUCUCCUGGGGAGAGGAAAUGCAGGUUUCCCUCUGGGCCUGACAAGGGAGGGUAAUGGGACCUAGGCACAAGGUGCUUCCUGCAUUGCCACAGGAGCCCCCGCCCCUCCAGCAGGGGUCUGGUGUCUCCUGGCAAGAUACUCAGGCUCCCUUUUGUUGUAGGAGCUCCUGGGAGAAAGCCAAAAAUAGCAGUAAAUACUGAAAAGGGCAUCCUGUUGCAAACAGAAAGCAGCAGAGAGGUGUGAGGCCGAGAGAGGCAAAACGCCUGCUUGGCCCUCAUCCCCACUGACUCAGAGGACGGACCUUAAGCCUCUGUCCCUGACCUUGCAAAAACCCACAUUGCCCAGUUGGCUUAAGGGACAGGGAAGCUAUAGACAGGCCUUAGCCAGGCGGGGCCUCAGCUGCAGUUGGCUUCAGCACUGUGGGCAGGCUCUGUAGGUGGCCACAAGUCAGAGGCCCUGCUGGCUGAGGACACACACAGGGUCACCUCAUUAUUCCAUGGAACCUUGGCUCUUACUGAUAUUGAGCAUCCUUCUGUCUGGAACCGUGAGGGACAGGGGUGGGCCCACAGCGCCCCUGGUGGGUACAAAGUGGAAGUGGGUUCUUAACCUCGUCUGUGUCUAGACUCCUCAGGAUGUUCUGAAAUGCAUAAAAUAAAAUGGACAGGACUGCCGUAGAAACCAGUUAUGCCGAAAUGCAGUUCUGGGUAGGGAAAUCUCAGGGGAGGACCCCUGAGACAGGAUGUCACUCAGCGCAUCUCCUGAGAGCCUGAGGAGAGGCAAGGCCAACAGGGAGGGGCUCUUGUUCCUGUCUUCUGCCAGUGUGUCCUGUUAAUCCCCACAGCCACUGGGGGAGUGCAGGAAACACAUCCCUUUUUAACGGACUAGAUUUCUAUUAAUUUAUUUAAGGCAAUUAACAUAUUAGUUCUCAGGCCAAAGGAUUUGUAAAACAUUACACCAAAAGGAGAAAAACAAGCGGUCAUGAAACAGCCACGCGAACGCAGCUCAGCCCUUGUUUCCUGGGUGUACAACUCUUCCCCAGGAAGCCUGGGAAGAGGCAGGUCCCGGGAGCAAGAUCGUCCAUCAUGGAGUCAUCAGGCCACCUGGAGCUAUGCCGGGGGUGGCAUGGACACGACAGUGAGGUCUGCACUGGCUACAGCAGAUCUGAGGCACAGAGGGAGCUGCACAGCCAUGGGCAGGGCUGAGCACAGCACCCUUGGAAUAAGUUAAAUAACAAAGCCCUAAAAUCACUAGUAACAGCAUUACUGCCACCUCCCCCAGAGGCCGGCAGCAGCCAAAAUGUAGUGCUUGGAGAUAAAGGGGUGACCCCACUCUUAACUACCCACAAGAGGACUACAAAGAGUUGUCAGUUAUUGCUUUAAGGAACAAAGGUCUCUAGGUAGGAUUUAUCUUCUGCUAAGGCAUUAAGGUAAACUGAGUCCCAGGGAACUUUCAAGUCUUUUUUUUAAGGGCUCUAAGCAGGACUGUCAGCUCUGAGGCUCCCCCUCCAUGCUCUUCAAAGCCUGGGUGGGUGUCGGGGUGUCUGGCAGAGUGGGAGUGGAGGCUGGCCAGCUGGCUGGGCCACCCAACCCGAGGGAGGGGGCAGUGUUCUUCCCAGUCGCAGUCUCCAGUGAUGAGCAUCCCCUGUUGGGGCCCUCGGUGGCUCUCCUCAGCGGCUCAUACAGUUCUGGACAUCCACAAAGCCUAGGCGUUGCCUGCGUUUCCGCUGCUCCGUCAUCUAGGGUUAAGCAGAUGCCAACAGGCCUGGUCAGGCCGCCUGGCACCUUCCCUCCAUGGGUGCUGUGGAAGGGCUUGGCACCCGUCUUCCCCUGUGGGCCCAGCUGCUAUUCAGCACUGGCGGUGGGCCAGGGCCCCUCGGGGUGCUUUAAGGAUGUCGAUGUCAGCACCAAACCCUUGUUCUCAAUUAGCGUGUCACAAACCCUGGAUUUGAUGCAGCUGGGAAACCAGCCCACUGACAGGCUGCCUCAUCUUCAUGCAGGCACUGCCAGAUGCAGAGGAGGAUGUCUAGGCAAGAGGGCCUUAAACUCCCCAUCUCCAGUGACAGGGAUCCCCUCAAAGGACCUACCUGGCAGCUGUAAGAGGAAGGGGAUGAGAGACAGAGGGCCCCACCACCCUGUACUAAGUUUCCACUUGGCCUUGUCUUUAGUGGCUGAAGGCAGAGGUUGUCAACCCCAGUCUGACUUGCCAUGUAGGGGAGAGUGGGUUUGGAACCUGCCUUCUCAUCCAGGCCCAGGGCCAGAGGCCAGUGGGGAAGAGGGUGGGGCAGGAAGGAUGAAGGCAGGCAGGGACUGCCCAGGGAUAGAGCCCAGGGUGGGCCUGGGAUCAGGCGGGGUGUACACCUGCUCCUUGAGCUCGUUGAGCUGGGCAGUGAGGUGGGACACCAGCUUCAUGGUGGAGUUGAGCUUGUCCUGGAGAAUCCGAAUCUCGUUCUGCUCCCCCUCGCCCUCGUUGCUGACAAGGGACAUGGCCCGCAUCCGGGGGAACCAGUCCAGGUUCUUGUUCUGAAAAACAUCACCAGUGGGGUAAGCAGGCGUGGGCCUGGCCUAGAAAGGCCUCAUUUAGAAAAACAGUAAUGUGGGGGGAGGCUUCUGCCACACCCUUGACAAAAUUACUCGUCAGGGAUGUGUCAUGGGAAAAUCUGAAUUGACCUGGUCCUCCCUGGGGCCAGAGUGAGCUGGCAGUCAACCUCUGUCAACCCUCUGCCACCGAGACAGGCUGACUUCCGUUAGGCAGCGUCGGCAGCUGAGUUUGAGUCCUUUGCUGGUAUCAGCACCAUCUGUUUACUCUCAUAACACCCCCUGAGAGGUGGAGGAAGGCCUCUGCACCCAGACAGACCCUGGAUCUCCUUCCUUCCUUCCUUCCUCCCGCCCGCCUGCCUGACAAGCACACCCCACGCCCCGGGAAGAUGCGAGUCAGACAGAUGGCAAAUUGAGGGAUCUGGAGGCUCUGCUGAGGAGAGCUGGCAUCUGACACGUGUCUGGGAGGCAAAGCCACGUUUCCCAGGACAGAGGAGUGGGGAGGGAGGGGACACCAAGCAAUUCUCAGCUUCCCUGUAGUUAGCUGUGAAUUCUCAGACCAACAGAUAAACCUGUACACAGAGAUCAGUUUGAAAUACAGACUAAACGAUAAA